UCUAACGCCCCCACCACCACUUUCCCAAUCACUCUCCGUUUCCCCCUCCUCCGUCAAUCUCGCCGUUUACUUAAAAUACAUACAAUUUGCCGAUCUUAUAAAAUUGACCUUUAUCCUCCGUAAGUCCAAACCACCGUCACCGUCACCGUCACCACCACCACCACCACCAUGCUUCCGGCAACCACCGUUUUCACUCUCCUCCUAUCACUCCUCUUCACUCCUUCAUCCUCCUUCCCCUUCGAUACGACGUCGUACCACAUCGACUGCGGCAGCACAACCACCACCACCGAUAAAUUCAACACCACGUGGCUCUCCGACCGUUACGCCUCCGCCGGUUCAAACGGCAUCGUUUCGGAACCGCUCCUCUUCCAAUCCUUCCACGAGAAAACCGUACGGUACUUUCCGAUCUCCUCCGGUAAAAAAAACUGUUACACGUUCCCGGAGAUUCCUCCGGGAAGAUAUUAUCUACGCACUUUCACCGUUUAUGAUAACUACGACGGUAAAUCUCACUCUCCGAGCUUCGAUUUGUCGGUCGAAGGCACGGUUGUGUUCUCGUGGCGGUCGCCGUGGCCCGAGGAUAUUAGCCGGUACGGCGCGUACUCAGAUCUGAUGUUUUAUGCUUUAGAUAGUGAUAUUGAUGUGUGUUUGUAUAGUAUAGCUACUGAUCCUCCGGUUAUCGGUUCGAUUGAGGUAAUUCGGAUCGAUCCGGAGUCGUAUGAUCCGGUCAAAACCGGAAAUGACUCGUCGAUAUUAGUUAAUUACGGUCGGUUGACUUGUGGUUCGAAUCAGUGGGGGCCGGGGUUUAGUAAUGACACGGAUGUGUUCGGUAGGGCAUGGCAAUCGGAUGCGAAGUUUAGGACGGAUACGGUUGGGGUUAAGUCGGUUACGGCGGUUAGGAAUGUUGUUGGUGCUGGUAGUGGUCCGAAUUAUUUUCCGGCGAAGUUGUAUGAGUCAGCGGUUACGUUGACUGGUAAAGGGAGUUUGGUGUAUAGUUUGCCGGUGGAUGCGAAAUUGGAUUAUCUUGUGUGGCUUCAUUUUGCGGAGAUUGAUGUAAGCGUGGAUGGGAAAGGGAAACGAGUGUUUGAUGUGGUUAUAAACGAGGAGAAUGUUACUACGGUUGAUAUAUUUAAGGAAGUUGGUGGUUUCGCUGCGUUUAGUUAUCAUUAUGUGGCGAAGAAUUUGAGCGUUGACACUCUGGUUGUGAAGCUUGUUCCUGUUGUCGGGUCGCCUUUGAUUUGCGGGCUUGAGAAUUACGCCAUUGUUCCAGCCGAUGUCAUGACCGUGCCUGAGCAAGCUUCCGCUAUGCAAGAACUAAAGGUAUCGUUACGCGUUCCAGAAAGAAUGGGAUGGAACGGUGAUCCUUGUGCUCCUACUAGUUGGGAUGCAUGGGAGGGUGUUACUUGCCAUCGCGAUGGGAUUGCUCUUGUAAUCACUCAGAUAGAUCUUGGGAGCCAAGGUUUGAAAGGGUAUAUUAGUGAUAAAGUCGUUCUUUUAACCAACUUGGUAAGCUUGAACUUAAGUUCUAACUCUUUAGGAGGUACGAUACCUGCAGGGUUGGGCCAGCAUUCUCUUAAGAAAGUGGAUCUAUCAAACAAUCAGAUUACAGGGUCCAUACCAGAUAGUUUAAGUUCUUCAAAUCUACAACUUGUCAUCCUGAAUGGUAACAAACUGGAAGGACAAGUACCGGAGGAGCUUUACUCAAUUGGUGUCCAUGGUGGAGCUAUCGACCUUUCCGGUAACAAAGGGUUAUGUGGUGUACCUUCUUUGCCCGAUUGCCCUUUAUUCUGGAAAAACGGUGGCCUGUCAAAUGGCGGUAAAAUUGCAAUCGGGAUCUCAUGCGGUGUCGUAUUUUUAUUGGCUGCGGUAAUUACAUUUAUCUGUAUAAGAAGACGGCGUAAUGAUUACGACUUCGGCCUACCACAAGAGUUAAUGUCUCUUGCUGCAAAGAGGAACAAAUAUCAGAGACAAAAAUCUUUGAUGGCCCUUGAAAUGGAGAGUCAACAUGCCAAAGGGUUCAUACCGAGUUACAAUUAAAACUAACCCGACACUUUUAGCCAAAGAAGAUGGUGCAUACCGGGUAAAUUUAUUGGUACAAAGGUAGACACGUCGGUUAACCACCAAACGACUUAAGUUAAAACCAACUUGUCAAUAGGACGCGGUGUAUUAUUUAUCUUCGGUUUUAUUUUGGUAUCUAUAUAAGCGAUUUGCCAAAUGCCACUCGUGUAUCAUUGGUCAAUUUUCGGCAUUUGAUAAAUGUAGAUUUGAAACUAAACAUUCUCGAAACCAUACAUAGAUAUACUGACCCUUACAUUUGUAGUGUAACAUUAUAUUUUUUGAUAUCGAUUGUUUAAAAUGUGUUCCGAUUA